CAGAAAGAACAGUCAAAAUGCAGGCAGGGAACAGGACAAAGUAAUAGGGACAAAAUAUAUGACAUUUUUUAAAAAUUUCAAAUUUGCCACCGGUUCCGACGCCCGUAUGUCCCGACGUCACAGAGACCGGAACACAGAAGCCGGAUGCCGGCAUCGGCCAGAGGAGAUGGCCGGGGACGCUUCAGGGGACACAUCGCGGGAGCGAAGGACAAGGUAAGUGCUGCAGGGACUCCCUGAGCAACGCCGCAUCGUAAGCCCGAGUGUAGCUCGGGAUUACCGCUCUUGGUACUGAAAU